UAGCACGUUGCAUUUGACGUUGCAUCCUCUUUCCAGGCUUCUUGUCUGUCCUGCAAGCGUUAGUUUGGGGUGGUAAAGCGAAUAGAGAGAUUAGCCUUCUCGCUAAUUUGAAAGUAUUAUGGCUGGUAGCGCCACCAAGACGGUGUACGACAUUUUCCAAAGUAUGGAGUACGGACCAGCAGCUGUUUCCAGCACUGUCACGGCGCAGGCCUGGCUCGAUCAUCAUUCUCGUUCCCUGGGUUUGUUCAUCGAUGGCAAGUUUGUCCGACCAGCUGACAGACAGAGUCGCUCCCUGACAGACUCUAAAGGUGCUAAUGUAUGCAGCACUGUUUGCGCUGUUGAGGACGAUGUUUCCCUAUGCGCCUCCUCAGCUGUUAAUGGCUACAAGGCCUGGAGUGGGAUGACGUGCUACAGCAGAGCUAAAGUGUUGCUCAGGUUGGUGAGCUCUCUCGGCCAGCACACCAAGUGUGUGUUGGAGCUGUGUGAGCUGUGUGAGGCCUCCUGCUCGCCCUCCACCCUCGUCAGACUGCUGCAGUACUACAGCAGCUGGGCUCAACUCAGGGACACUCUCAUCACCAACUGGACACCACUGGGUGUGGUGGCAGUUGUCGUCUCCGAUGACUGCUCUCUCUAUUCUCUUAUCCUCAAAGUGUUACCAGCACUGGCCAUGGGUAACUCUGUAAUCGUUGUCCCUGGUCGCAGCACCGCCGCUCCAGCGCUUCUUUUGGCUCAGCUUUUUGUGGGUGCAGGACUUCCUGCUGGGGCCCUUAAUGUUUUAACAGGAAGUGACAUAAUGUUGGGUGCCACUGUGGCCCAGGACCCACGCAUCAGCUACAUCACCUACUGUGGCAACAAACAGGACGGAGUAAAACUGUGCAAGGCCACAGCAGGGAUGGGCGUUCCCAUUUCUGUCUCCCCUUGCAUUGGUGCCACAUGUUCCUUCAUCAUUUUUGAGUCCGCUGACAUCGACAGCGCUGUGGACGGAGUGAUAGAGGCUGCUUUUAAAAAGAAGAAAGAGGUUCACUGGGUGUUGUGUGUGCAAGAGAGUGCGUUAGACAGCGUUGUUGCUCGUCUAAGUCUGCGUAUGUCAGGCAUGAAGUGUGUCGGCCUGUCCAGUGAAGCAGACAGAGUCCUGGUGGAUGCUGCAGUACAGGAGGCUCAGCAGCAGGGGGCGAAGUUGGUUCAAUCCUGCACUGCCGCUCCCUCAGGUGCUCUGUACCCUCCCACAGUGCUCUGUGGCGCAGCCCCCUCCUCUUCAUUUGUGGUCAACCCUUGUCCAGGACCGCUGCUGCCUCUCAUGACCUUCAGAAGCAACACUGAAGCAGUGACUCUGGGGAAUCACAGUCCUCAUGGCCUGGCAGCCUCCAUUUGGACCGAAGACCUCACUCUGGCUCUGGAGACGGCAAAGAGUCUGUCAGUUGGCUCAGUAUGGGUAAACUCCCACUCUGUGUCAGACCCUUGUCUCCCUGUCUCUGGUCACAAAGACAGUGGCACCUGCACUGACGGAGGACAGGAGGGUCUGUACCAGUUCCUACGUCCGUCCUGUUGUUCCUGUCCUCUUCCUCGCUCCUCCCCCGUCUCUUUGGACUACACCAAGUUUGGAACAGCAGCAUCUCCAGCUAUUAUUGUUCCUGAUGAGUCUGCCAGUUCUCCUAAGUCAUACCUGCAGUUUGUGGGAGGUAAGGCAUGUAAAGCUGAAUCUGGCUGCAGUGUGGCUGUGCAGCCACCAGGAGGUGGCAGCGUGUUGGCCUAUUGUCCAGAUGGAGGCCGGAAAGAUGUUCGAAACGCUGUGGAAGCAGCAAGCAAAGUGCAACCUGGCUGGAUGAAGAAAAGCCCGUCUGCACGUGCUCAGUCUCUCUACUCUCUGGCCAAGAACCUGGAGUCAAAGAAGAAAGACAUGGCUGCGUCACUCAGCAUCCAGGGCACUUUGUCAGCAGAGGAAGCUGAGAAUGAGGUGGACAUCAGCUCUGCCCGGCUCAGCGACUGGGCAGCUUACUGUGAUAAACUUCAAGGAGGAUCUCUGCCUAUGCCGCAGUCUGGCUCUGCCCUCUCCAUCCCUGAAGCCCUGGGAGUCGUGGGCCUGGUCCUCCCAGACAAGAACCCCCUCCUCUCCAUGGUGACACUUCUUGGUGCAGCAAUAGCCACCGGCAAUGCGGUCAUCAUGGUUCCCAGUCAGAAGAAUCCACUGGCAGCUUUGGCAUUCAUUCAGGUGCUCCAGGCGUCAGACCUGCCAGCAGGUUUGGUAAACAUCAUUUCAGGAAGCAGGGACCAGCUCACAGUGGCUCUGGCUAAUCACAGUGUCUUAAAGGCCAUCUGGUACUGGGGCAGUGCCGAGGGCUGUCAGUACCUGCAGUACUCCUGCACCUGCCCUCUGAAAACCCUGCGCCUCUUCUGCCAAACGGAUGACGGUGGGAUGGAUUGGACUCAGUCUCAUCCCUCGCUCCUGGAGGACAUGUGGAGAAGUGCGGUGCAGUGGAAGAGCGUGUGGAUUCCCACUGCAUAGAAAGAUUAAAGGUGACAGGAUUACGACAUGGAGAAAGAGAUGAUGAAGGAAGUGUUGCAGACACUCACUGCUUCUUAUUGUAACCUUUAUAAAAAUGCAGAAUCAGGUACUAACUGUGACCGUUAAAUUCACAAGAUGCCUUUGAAAUGAAAAGUGAACAGACAACACAAUGCUCUCAGUAGCUGUUUCUUAGUUACUGUUAUUGUGCUUAUCACAACUCUCUGUGGCCGACUUACUGCAGAUAGUUUUAUUCAUGUUGGAACAAUAGACCCUUCAUUAUCCCACAGUUGAAGCUUCAGAGACUAACUUCCUCUAACAUGCACUAACAUGAGCACGGACCAGUAACAACUACCACAACAAAGAGCAGAGCAAACAGAGGCCGCGUGACAUUGUUCUUAUCUAGCAGUAUCUUCACAACACACCCACCAGGGUAUGAAUGAAGGAGCCUAAUUUAGCAAACAUUAAAUAUAUGUAACGAGAUCUGGAUUGAAUGAGCAAUUUAAAAAGUCUUAAAGCACUUAAAAACAAAAAUACAUUGAUGAAGGUGACAUACCAGUAACAUCACUGCUUUACACGUGAAGGUUAUUUUUCUUUUGUUGUUGACAUGAUAAAAAAAAAUAUAUAUAUAUAUUUUUUUCUGAACUGAAACUGAACUUUAAAAAAGAUCUUUGAAGAGUGAACUCAUUUCCCCUUCCUUUCCAUCAUGAAACUAAAGCAAUGUGAUCUCAGGACCAUGUUAACUUUCUAUUUUCUCUGUAGAAAAGCAGUAGCAGAAGGGUUUGAGAAAGGAAAACAUCAGCUACAUUGUUCACAACCAAAGACUAUUUCAGUUAAAUGUAAUACCAUUGCAUUAUUGUGUGUGUGUUUUAAAAUAACAUUUAGCUGCAGUUGAUUGUGAGUUUACCUUACAGUACCUACUGACCUGAUGUCUUCUCUACCUUGAUCUUCUGCUAUUAUGAUUAUUCUCUCUCUCAUUCAUUACUUCUCUUUUCUUUAAAGUCAACAUUUGUUUUUCCUUGUUUCAGUUUUUCUUCAACUUAAAAUCUCAUCAACCUCACAAUUCUGUCUAUGACUGAAAAGAGACCAACCAAUCAUGUGUGAACACAAUAUACUGUACUGAAUAUCUUUACUACUGUAUAAAAAUGCUGCCAACGGAAGUAAACUUACUCUGUGAUUCAAACAUUCCCAUUGAAUUCUGCUUCGUUUCCAUGUCUAAUUAUAAAUAAUGUUGUCCAGAGACAACUAUUGUGAAUGUAACACUGUCCAAAGGCCAUAAUAAAGGAUGAGUCCAUGAAUUUA